AUGAUGAAGGAUCCGGAGGCUAAACCAUAUGAUGAACAGUUGAGUCGGUUAGGAAGCCAGCCGGUGACCUCUGAUGAAGUCGUGGUGGCGGGUUCGAAAGUCGUCCUCUCCUGCAAGGUGGAGGAUCCAGAAGAUUCCUCGCUCCAGUGGUCCAAUCCUGCUCAGCAGACGCUCUACUUUGGAGAAAAACGAGAUAGACAGACAGACCUAAGCAUUGCGGAGACCUUCGAAUCCAGCUGGAGAAUUCGACGGCCAACGAGGUUGAGCAUAAGCAUCGAUAACACCACUCUGGCUGAUGAGGGAGAAUAUACCUGCACGAUAUUCACCCGGCCCGUACGGACCUGCAAGGCGAUGGUCACCGUCUUGGGAAUCCCACAGAAACCCCAAAUCUUGGUUACUCAGGUCCUCUUAGGGAAGGAGGAGGUGGCCGUGUUGACAUGUGUCUCUUCUGGCAGUAAGCCAGCAGCUCAGCUCAGAUGGAAUAAGGGUGAAAAACUCUUGACAGGUAGACUGCGCUUGAACAGGGAGGCACAGAUGCUAGUUUCCCCUUUCUGGUUUAGCUCCGUCUUCCUUUAA